AGAUUGGGUUCCACAUAUCCUAUUAUGAUUUUCAGUUUCAAAGCCAUGUGUGAUACAUGAUUAUUGCCCAAGUCGCUAAGUUGAUUAGUUAAGCACGAUCCAAAAGGAAAUUAACUUGCAAAGUGGGAGUUCUUCAUUUUUCUGAUAAAUAUUGGUCAACUUGGAAACAUUGGGAAAUCUAAGUUUUGAUUACUAUGCUAGGGGCUACUUUAGUUCUAAGUGUCAUUGAUUUAAUUGACUUUGAAUCUGUGACUAUGACUUUCUACCUAAUUCCACAGAAUGCGGCAGUUGAGGUGACGAAGUACACACCACCUCCGGAGAAGAUCACUACUAAAGCUUCUAAGCCUUCCAGCUGAGCUUAUGGGUCGGCAUCAUCUGACCGCCCUUAUGCUUGUCCAUAUGAGACGUGUGACAAGGCUUAUAUUCAUGAGUACAAGCUCAAACUUCACUUGAGAAGAGAGCAUCCCGAGUACAUGGCUGAUGAGAAUGCUGAGAAUGCCACACGCAAUGCAGAUCAUGAAAUGGACGAAGCUAGUGAUCAAGAAAAUUACAGCAGAAAGCGCACCAACGGGAAAAGCCAGAAACAGAGCAGACAGAAACUGAACUUGAAGACCCCCCCAGCAAAGUCCGCUAAGAGGAAGGGUGCCGCCAGCCCUACUCCCGUAGCUUUGAAUGUGAUGAAGAAACCGUGGCCAGUUAAAGAAGACAUAUACGAGGAAGAAGAUAGUGAAGAGACGGAAGAGGACCAAGAGAAUGUGGAGGGAUGGAGAUAUGCAGAAAACAACGAGGAGGACGAUGAAGAGACCGAGUAUGAAGACUAGCGAGCUUUCUGCAGCAACAUAUGUAUUUAGAGGAAGGAUGGGUUUAUGAGGAGACGAGGAUAUCAAGAUUAGACCUAGAGGAUGCUGCCAUUAGCUCCACUGUGAAGCUCGAUUGCACUCUCUCUCCAUUACUCGCGGUUCCUCAAUGAGCCGCAUUCAUGUGUCAUAACAAAUCUGCAGCAGCAUUGUCGUAGGCAUUUUUCGACUUAAAUGGAUAGUGCAUAGAACCCUAAUUAUGAAACCCAGCUAACGGCCAAACUGAGAUUGUGUCCAUCAGCAAAAAUUGUUUUCGUAGACGGUCAAGGGGAUUGUUCUGAAUCAAAUGAAAGCAAGGGAGGAUUUCGUAUUGGGAGUA